AAAUAGUUGCUGCACAUUUUACAAUAUUUUUCGAGUGUUUUUACACAUAAGAACGAGCUUGAGAAAAUGGCAACGUCUUUGGCUCAACAACUCAACAAAUUAGCUGCACCGCAGACUUCUAUUCCUUUAGCGGAUGCACGCAGUCGUGCCUCAAUAUUGUUCAGCCCCAAAGAUGCGGCGACCAAAGACAGGCGCGCCAUCUAUGAGAUCGGACUCAGCGGUUUGCUGGAGCUGACGGCGUUUAAUCCUACAUUUAAGGAGUUCCAGCUGACGCUGUUUGAUGAGGCCACACUCACGCUGGAGCGCGCCGUGGAGAAUGCAGAAGUCAACAAGUUGCUGGAUGCAGCUAUUGCGAAGUUUCUCCGUCUUCUUUCACCUUAUUUUCUGCUGCGCCCGGCGCACAUGUGCUUUGAGUGGCUCUUGCGCCGCUUCCAGGUGCACGAGUACAAUCGGGAGGAGGUAAUGGCCCUGAUAAUGCCAUACCAUGAGACGACCACAUUUGUGCAGGUGGUGCAGACGAUGCGACUACGACAAUCGGACGAGAAUUGGUUCUGGCUGCGUGCGCUGCAGCGACCCGGCGUGCCGCUUGCCAAGACCACAAUAGUCAAUCGGGCUGCCAGUGUGCCCGGCUUCCUCAGCUUCAUCUGCCGCAGCACACGCAAAGCGGUCAAGGAGCUGGGACCACGUGCCCAUCAGCUGCAGGCGCAGCUCAACUUUUACUGCACAGUUGUUGUGGGGGCGCUGCAAACGGCCAAGCCAGUGCGGGAUUGGCAUAUUGCCACCAUACUGGAGUCGCUGCUCAAGGGUCUCAUCUCGGACACCGUUGACUUUGUGGCCGCUUCCUAUGUGAUCGUUGCCCAGCUCGUCUCGCGGACCAAACUCAAGAAGAAGAUCUGCGAUGCACUGCUCGAGCGGGUGGCCAACUGCACCUUCGAGCGACUGCACACCACGGCACUGUUGUUGCUCAUAUGGAUCCACGACAAGCAGCAGGCAGCCCGGCCACAAUUCACAGAGAAAACCAUGUUGAAUCUGGUCUGCCAGAAGUGGCUAAUUACGUCGCUGGCCUCGCUCGCCAAGGAGAACAUUGCCGUCUCGGCCAUUUGCCUGCCGCUAAUGCGUGGCGCCGUUGCGGCCAUUAGUAAGGGCUCUGCAUCCGCAUCUUCGCAUCAGGAGUUCCUCGACAAUCUGAUCAGCGAGGUGCCCUUCUCCAAGCUCAGCGCCCUGCAGCUCAUCAAUUGUUUCCUGGACACUUUUGUGGACAUGGAAGCUAAGAAUGGAGUGACGCCCAUGGACACGAGCAACAGUGGCGAGGCGGAUGACACGAUUGUUAUUGACUCGGACGAUGAAAUGGAGCCAGUCAAAACCAAUUUCCAGACUUGGUAUACAGAGUUCCUGGAAAAGCUGGAACGUCGCUACCCGGAGGCCUUUGACUUGAGCGUAAAAGCUUCGUUAAAAUCCAAGUCCAAAACAAGCAAUCGCCAGAAGGCUUUAAAACUGGCAUUGGGCUUUCGACUAAACACCUCGGACGACAAGGCGAAGCGUGCCUACGAGAAGCUCUACCAUUACAAUUCAGAUAUUCGACUGGGCGCCUUGCAGCAGCUGCUGCAGAAUUUGAAAGUGCCUAAGCGGCGGGAGCGGAGCUAUCACCUACUGCGGGAGUGUCUGCCGGAUCGCAUUAAGGACGACAGUCCUCCUGUGGUAUCGGCGCUGCUGGCGCUGCCCACAGUCGACUUCGUGGAGAUGCUGGGCGCAAAGUCAUUUGCCCAGACGCUCUGUGAGCUGCUGCAGCGGGCGCAACAGCAGCGCCAAACGCAGUGGGACGUUGUGGUGCCGCAAGCGGUGCAGCAUCUGACCACCGCCGCCGUGAGCGACAAUUACGAUGCGAAUCUGCUGCUGCUGGCCCUGAUGCCCUAUCUGUUUCCCUGCGAUGCGCUGAGCGCCAGAGAGCACGCAGCUCUGCUGAUCAUCUUGAGCAGCAAUUUCGUGAGCAAGCUGCCCUUCCUGGAGCGGCUGCAGGUGAGCAGCGAGCAUGCAGCGUUCAAUGUGUGGGAGCAUCGCAAGCAGUUCCUGGACAUCAUUGCGGACGUGCGACAGCCGGGCAAGCAGCAGUUGGCGCUGCUCGAGAGUGUGGAGCAGCACGGCGGCAUCGACUACCUGCGCGGCGAGGCCUCCAAGCUGACGCAUCUGCUGCUGCUACUCACGGCCUUUUCGAAGCGCGAGCUGAGCGCAGCCGAGAGUGUGCAGAUGCUGCAGCGCCUGGACGUCUACAGUCGCGGCUUUCAGUUCCGAGUGGCCAAGGAGAGCAGCGACAACAUCCAUAAAAACUUUGUGCCGCUGCAGCUGUACGCGGACUUCCUGCAGACACUGGCCAAGAAUACAAAGUUCUCCCAGCUGGCCGGUCUGCCCUGGACGACGGUCAACGACGAACUGCGUCUGUGCCUGCUGCUCUUGGAUGCACUCUGCAGUCGAGUCUAUGCAGAGAACUGUGCGCCCGCCGAGCGCAGGGAGUGGACGCGCGCGCUCAAGGAUUGUCUCAACCAUGUGCUGCCGGAGGCGCAGCAGAAGUUGGAUUUCCUGUGCAAUUUCUAUGUCUACGAGGAACUGCCGCAGCUGUACAGCAUCGCCUCGGACUACGCGCUUCUGCGCGUGCGCGGCUUUCAGCUGCUUCAGGCGGUGCUGCGGCCACGUCCCUUUGUCGUUAAGUGCAGCCUGAUGCACGUGCUGCGCAUCGCGAAUGCAUUGAACUCGCCGCUGCAAACGUUGCGCCAGCAGGCGCUGGCCACGCUGCAGCUACUCGACCUGAAACAGCUGGAGACGCACGUGGCCCACCUGGUGGAGUGCCUGCUGCUGCGCAAGAGCGAACUGUGCAUGGACCACGAGCAGUACGCGUUGAUCCUGCACACCAUUCUCCAGAGCAGCAAGAGCACGCCACGCGAGAAGCUGCUGCUGGCCAAGCUGCGACGGACGCUGCUGGAGCUGGUCUGCGAUGUUGAGCAACCGGCCAUUUGCACGGCGGCGCUGCUGAAGGCGCUGAAGCACAUGAACAACGAGACGCUGCUGACGGCGCUGCUGCCGCUGGGUGAGGCAGCGUUGCGGGCGGUAGUCGAGCAUAACCCCAGCUCGGAGAAGCCGCAGCUGGAGCAACUGAAUUGGCCCCACAGCGUCAUCUAUUGCGCUGUCAUCGAGCGCUUCGAGGGAAAGGCGGGCAGAACUGUCCUCACUGAGAAUGCCGCCGCUUGGCAGCUGCUGGAGGCCAGCUUCAAGCGCCACACCACCUACGUGCAGCUGGAGCAGAAGCUGCAGCCGCUGCCCUGCGUCCUGCUCAACGCGCUGACGCCAGAGACCUACAACCAUCUGCAGAGCAAGCACCAGGUGGCGCUGCUGCAGCUCAUAGUGGAGGCAGCGACUGCAUCCGACAACGAUAGCAUCUUCCUCUCUGCCAAUCGGCUGCUCAGGCACUGCACCAUCGAGUGCCAGCCCCUGGUCAGCAUGCUGUCCAGCAUGAGCAGCAAGAGCACCCGUACUGUUGCGCCCAAGCAGCCGGAUAGACGUCGCUCUGGCGCACCGAAUACCAAACUGGAUCUGACCUGCGUCAGCUGGAAACAGGGCAUGACGUUGCUAGAGCUGCUGGAGCACAAGAAGCAACUGGUGGGCGCCGAGCUGCUCAUACCGCAGCUCUUUGAGCUGCUGCAGAUGUGCCUGACGCUGGAGGAGCACAGCUCGGCAGAGUAUCCCAAGCAGCUGAUCCUGUCCAGCCUGCUGCACUGCUGCGAGGUGUCCCAAGCGGCGGGCGUGCAGCUGUCCAAGGUGCUGCCCGAGUCCUGCUUCCGCAUCGAGCAGGUGGUGCAGUGCCUGCGCAACACCCAGAAUCCACAGACCCAACAGCACGCGCUGCUCUUCCUGACCCGCUGCGCUGCUCUGUAUCCGCAGCAGGUGCUGCACAAGAUCGUCGAGAUCUUUACGUUUGUUGGCUCCACAGUGGCGCGCCACGACGACGCCUUCAGCCUGCACAUUAUCCGGAACGUGGUGGAGACCGUUGUGCCCACACUGCUGCUGCAGUCGGGCGAGGAGCGCGAACGCCUCGUCAUAGCUGUGUUGAAGGUCUUCGCGGACAUCUGCGCGGAUGUGCCAGUGCAUCGUCGCCUGCCUCUGUAUGAGACGCUCUUCCGUGUGCUCGAUCCGCGCCAGCAUCUCUGGCAGUUCCUCUGCAUUCUCUUCGAGUCGCAAAUGCUGCUGGAGCAGACGCCAGCCUCAGCCGCCGGCAGCAAGGCGGGAAAGCCUCUGGACAAGACGCGCAUGGAGUUCGCUCGCGAAUUGACGUUGAUUUUCGAGCAGCCGGAGGUCAUCCUAGACACAUGUGUGCAUCUGUUGGACUACCUGGCCAAGCUGCCCCUAAGCAAGGAGGCCCAGGCCCAAGCGGCCAGCGCAAGAGGAGCAGCCAGCAGCAACGUUUCGCCGGAGCAGCAGCUCUUCGAUUUGCGUACGCGCAGCUUCAAGCAGCUGCGACACUACAAAUAUCUGAUCAUGGACUACCUGUCAGGCCUGAGCAGCACAUCCGAGUUCCAGGACAAGCUGGACAACCUGAAGCAGACGCAGCUGGCGAAGCUGAAGCCGCUCUACCAGAACUUCAUACUCAAGACGCUCGCCUAUGUGAGCGUGGUCAACAAUGCACUGAAGGUGGCAGCGGGCACGCCCUCGCUGGAGAAGUAUUGGCGCGUGCUGGCCAACCAUGUGCACGACGUGCUGGACAAUGCCAUCGGGCUGCUCUCGCCCGACUACUUCCUCCAAGUGAUCACCGAGCUGCUUCAGCACGAGCUGAUCUAUGUGCGCAUCAAGGUGCUCGAGCUGCUGAUCACCAAGCUCUCGCCACCCGCCGACUACUUCGCCCAGUGUGAGGCCGAAAACUUCGGCGUGCUCUUCGAGCCGCUGGGAGUCAUCAUUGACAGCGUCCUGGACGGUACAGGCGGCAGCAAUGCGCAGCAGGCGCAGCUGCAGCAGACGGCACUGCAGGUCAUGCAGCUGCUGGCCCAUCGACAUGGACGCGACUAUGUGGAGGAGUGCCGCACGCUGCUGGCCAAGCUGACGCGCAUAGCCAAGCGGCGCGCCAACGUGCCCAAGGCGGUCGUCGGCAAUGUGGUGCUGACGCUCGUCGAGAUCUGUGGCAGCAUCAAGUCGAACGCCCUCGCCCAGCUGCCCAAGUUCGCGCCACAGCUGACCGAGCUGCUCAAGGAACAGGUCCAGCUGCUGGUGAGCCAACGGCAGACUCCAGACUACAUCUGCUCGGCUCUGGUCACAGCCAUGCACAAGCUCUUCCUCACUCUGCCUUUAUUCCUGGGACCCUAUCUGGUGGACAUUAUUGGCUCACUCAUAAGACUCUCCGUGCAGCUGGAGAAUCCGCAGCUGCUGCAGGACAAGCGCACGCAGGCGCUCAAGCUGCGCAUCGUGGACGUUUGGUCGGCGGUGGCAAAGGGUGUGCAGGCGCGUAUUCUGGUGCCCAGUUGCGCCACGAUUUAUGCCAGUCUGUUGGAGGCGCAGGCCUACGAUGAGCUAGGCUUGCUUAUGCACCAGUUGUUGCUGCCCUGCAUCAAGCACAACGGCAACGCUGAACUGGUGGUUGUACAGGAGCCGCUUUCCGAGCUGUUCCUGCAGGCGCUCGAGUUCCGGCUGCAGAUGCGCGGACGUCAGCUGCCGCGGCAGCAAGUCGCCCAGAUUGAGGCAUCAGUGAGCGAGGCCUUCGUGGCCUGGAUACUCAAGCUGUCCGAGACGAGCUUCCGGCCCAUGUACGGUCUGGUGCACAAGUGGGCGAUGGAGCGGAAUGAACUGGAGCCGCAGCUAACCUAUUUCCUGUUGACCAAUCGCAUUGCCGCGGCGCUCAAGUCGCUCUUCGUGCUCUUCGCCGACGACGUGAUUGCGGAUGCUGCUCGACUGCUGCAGGAGCACAACACAUUGCACAAGGAGAUUGUGGACGCCGAGGACGUUGCCGAGCUGCUGUCAGCGGUGCUCAGCACAUUGCACCACGUCUUCCUGCAUUGCAGCGGUGACUUCAUCAACGAUCAUCGCUUCCACCAGCUGAUGCCGCCACUUGUGGAUCAGCUAGAGAACAGCUUGGUGAUAGCCAGCGACCGCGAGCAGCUGCAGCAAACGCUGACUGAUUGCAUUGCCCAGCUGGCGGCGGCUACCAAUGAUGUGCUGUGGAAGCAGCUGAACAACCAGGUGCUGCUCAAGACGCGCACCAGCACGCCCGAAGUACGCAUCCUGGCCUUCAACACUAGCGUGGCCAUUGCUCGCAAGCUGGGCGAAAGCUUCGCCACGCUCCUGCCCGAGACGGUGCCAUUCAUAGCCGAGCUGCUGGAGGAUGAGCACGAGCCUGUCGAGAAGAACACACGCACCGCUGUGCAGGAAUUGGAAGCGAUUCUGGGCGAAUCGGUGCAGAAAUACCUAUAAGCUCAACUCUAAAGCUAAACAGAUAUCUUAUCCGAUUUAUAAUUAUGGAAACAUCUAUGAUCAUGUUUCUUACAUUUUAUGAAAAUAACUUCUUUGUAAACUGAAAUUACCCGAAGCACGGUAAAUCCAUAGGGCAACGAGCUCUAAUUAACCUAUUUAUAAGCAUGUAUGAUUUAUAAUUUUAAUCACAGACA